AUGGUACCUUUCCGUCAGAUGUCAUCUGGAAAUGUUCCUGGGUCUUCUGGGGAGAAUUUGAUUUACUAUUUGCUUGUUGUUGGUGUUUCUGGUGCAGCUGGUUUUUAUACUUACAGAACUGUCUCUUCGGAUAAAGCAAGGUACAAUGAACGUAUUGAAGACAUUCGGGAAAGAAAUACAGCAGAAUGGAAACCAAAGCCCUGGCCCCCUCAGUCCUUAGAAAGUGAUGAAACUGAAACAAAAGAAGUUACUGAUACAAAUGAAGAGGCCGAAGAGGCAUCUGCAGAAGAGGCUGAAGGAGUAAUUGCUGAUGAACCUGAAGUCCAGAGUAAAGAGUAUGCAGAAUCCGCAGAAUCAGAGAAGGGCGAAGAAUCACCCGUUGAGGAGGUAACCUCUGGUGCACCAGGAGGAGAGCAAGAGGCUGUUGCCAACUCAGAGGCAACCUAGGAUCCAGGUUAAUAUUAAUAGAAUUUCUGUUAACAGUUUUGUUUUCUACCACAGGAAGGACAACUUUGCUCCCAGUAGAAUCCGCAAUAUUCAGAUGGAAUAAAGUUGCAGGAUAAAACUUUAAUUUUCAUUUGUAUGCUCUUGAGAUUUCACUUCAGUUGUAGUGUCAGCGCUUCUUCAUCUGGUAGAGUUUCUCCCGUUUAUGCAGGAGAGCUUUGAGUUUUGCCCAGAAGAAGCAGCAAAUGUAGUAUAAGUAAUCAAUCCUGCAAAUUUAUGAUACUGUACCCUACCCCAGAGUGUAGAAUUGCUACAAUACUACUUCAUCUUAUUAGAAUAGAGCUGCUCAAAAAUCUUUAGUGUGUGCCAGCACCCACCCCCCCAUCUGAAGGAAAAAAAAUUGGGAUUCACUUUUAUUUUGUGGAUGAGAAAAAGGGUAACUUUGUUAAAAAGGAAUAUGUAUCUUCACAAAGUUUUGUUCAUUUUUAUCUCCUUUCAGACUUAUUGCUCAGGCCACAUGCAUUGGAAUUGGAUUUGGAUGAGGGAAUUAUUUCUUACAGUCAUAAAAAAAAACCAUUCUAAAUUACCCUUAGUGGCUGUGAUCCAGCAAGUGAAUAAAUGUAAACACAUUGUUUGCUAAGGAUCAUCUUCUGGUUAGGUUUUUUUUUUUAAACCUUCCAUUACUGGCAGUGGAAAUUGGCACUUUACAGUGUUGAUUAUACUUACCUGGCAGGGGAGACACCAUGAUCUUUAUCAGUGUUGACUAUAGGCAGUAUUUUCAAGAUUAAGCUGAUAAACUAAAUAAGCAAAAGCUAGAUCUUUUCUUUAUUUUAUUAAUUAGUCCCCCAUUACUGUCAUAGAUUUCUCACCAAACUGUAAUCUGAAUUUCUUUUGAUAUUAAGUAAAUUGUAACAUGAAUUCUGAUUCUCUACUAUAUAUAAUAUUUCAUUUACAAUAUUUCCUUUAUGUACUUUCCAGGGGGAAAGAGUAUAAUUUGCUCAUUGGUGUUUUAAGCUUGAAUAAAACAUUUAGAAGCAAUUUUUGUUUUUGAGACAGAGGAAAUUUUCUUCACUGAUGCCUACUGGAUUUUUUCUAGUAGGCCUAGAGGUAUUGUGAAGAGGAAAUAAGGCAUUAGAGUCAUGACAUUUUUAAAAUUAAAAACAAAGACUUUGGAGUUACUUUGAAAAAUAAAACAAAACCAGAUUUAAGGCCACUGUAUUAAAAAGCUGAGUAACUCUUUCAGCAGUUGAUGAUUUGAAACCAUUAUUUUAGAUAAGAGUUCCAUUGGCAGUCCCAUUCAAAAGGCCAGAUGCCCAGACAUGGUGCUGCAGCCACUCCCAAGUGGGCUAUCUGCUAGCUUGGGGAUGCAAAAAAACACAAAAAAGCCUCCCCACUGCUCGAAAGCUACCAUUGGGCUUAAUGGACUUAUACCACAACUCCAAAGCUCUGGCCACUGGUUUAACAGAAGUAACCGCCGGGUGGAAGCAAGUGCUCUGGGGAAGGCAAAUCUGCUGGCAUGGCACAGAUUCCACUCCCACCUUUUGGAUGGGGCUGAAAAUUUGGCAAUAAGUCUCCCCUCCAGAAUCUCAGGAAGAGUUUUUUUCCAUAGUCAUGGAACCUGAAAUGCUGAUAGCUGAAGAUGCCAAAGAUGGAAUGUGGGUCUUCUAUGUUCAAAAUAUGAAUUCUGCUAUUGAGGUGUAACCUUUUUAGUGCUCCACAAAGGUUCAGGUGUUCACACCAGUGGCGUAGCGCCAUGGGGCGGGGCGAUGCCCCAGGCGGAGCAGCAGCAGAGCCAUGGCUGCGCUGUCAAGGGUGUGUGGCAGGGACGUUCUGGGGUAUUCUGGGGGCGGGCAAUGUUGUGGCAGGGGCGAGGGUGCGCGCGCGCCCCGGGAGCAGUUUCCCCUCACUUUGCCUCUGGUUCACACAAAAGCUCGUACACAAGCAAAGUCUUCCUAUUUAGUUCCCUCUCCUGAGAUGGCUCUGUGUAUACAAUAGGAAUUGAAAAUAGUGCUGUUUCUGAUGCUAUGGUGAGCAGGGAAUGGGGAAACCUGGAACAUAAUCUUUCAAGUGUUACAACGAGGUGCUGAAUCAUGAUUAUCACCUUACUUGGGUUUUUGUAUUAAAGUAAUACAAAUAAAUUGUCAGUAGUGCCUAUUCUAAUGUUUAAAAUACUCACUAGAAUAACAAGAUAUAUUGCUUUGUAAUGCUUAUAAUUUAUGAAGCUAGAUUGUAAACUUUUUCCCCACAUGGGUAUGAAGUAAGUUCAAGAAUGUUACUCUUAGUAAAUCUGAUAGAAAUGCAUCUGUUUUCAGUCAUUAUUUGCAAUUAAGGAAAGGUGCUGUCAGUCAUAUUUGAAGCACCUCUUAGCUUAUCCUGAAGAGGUGGUUGGUUAAAUAUUAAUCCUGUCCUUGUCGGAAAAGGGUGGGUUAGAAAUCUAAUGAAUAAUUAUAAUAAUAUAGCAGGAACAACACUAUGUUAAUCUAGUAAAUAUUGCACUAAAAUAUUUUGUAGGAGCAGAAUUAAAGAUUUCUAUUAGAGUUUUCCCCAAUGGAAUAAUUAUUUUUGCAUACAGAGAAAUGGAACUGAUUGGUUUCUUGUCUACCUCUUACUAAAUAAAAGGUCUCAUUUUA